AUGCUAGUUAAAGAAUUUUAUAAAAUUUUUUCAACCGAAGAAUCUACUGUCAAAUACCUUCAAGAUUAUGGUUUACUACCUUGUGCAAAACAAUGUCACAAAUGUGGCAGUGAAGUAAAACAGUACCAAAGAAAUGACCCAGGAAAAAUAAGAGAAGUUUUCCGUUGUAAAAAAAAAAGGUUGCCAAACUACCCAAUCGAAGAUGAAAAAGACACCAAUCGCAAUUAUGGUCGGAGAAUUGGUGGACCGUGGGUAGUCGGAUUAUGUUGUGUUUUGGAAAAUGGUUUAAUUGAUGCAAGAUUUUUUGUUGUUGAAAAAAGAGACAAAGAAACAUUACAUCGAAUAAUUAAAAAUGAGGUAUUACCUGGUACAACAGUUCAUUCUGAUUCGUGGCUUGGAUAUAAAGACUCAAAAUCGUUAAAAAAAAUGUGUGGUACUACUGAAGACCUCUUAGAUAGGUACUUAGCCGAGUAUUGGUGGCGAGGAUUAAAUAAAACAGAUAAUAUUUUUGAUGCUUUCCUUAGAGAUUUGAAAUUAUGCUUUGUGGAUAAUUUUGUUUAUCCUUAA